UGCCUGAGGCAGGGAAAUAGACCACUGGUGGCGUUUGUCACCAAAGCGCAAACGUUAGUAGAAGAUGGCAGAUACAAUCCUUCUGCUGAAGAAAAUACCCUCCGAGGUACAGUGGUAUUUGGCAUGGUGUCUGAUAAGGUACACAAAGACAAAAUACCACUUGGCAAUGGGCCGACCUUAGAACAAGUAUAUGACCCUGUAAAAGUUGAUGAAAGCACCACAGCACAAAUAAAGAAAAUUUCGAAAGGUGAUGAGAAAUCUGCUUUUUACACUGUUCAAUGAGAAUCUGCAUACUUGACCCACUAAAACAGAGCUUCCAACAUCAACCUCUGCAGGGUGACCAAAAUCAAAAAGGUUCAGCCAAGACUUGCCACUAUGCAGGAGUGUGCAUGCAGCAACAUUUUCAAAAGGUUUACCACACUGUGAGUGGUCCAGAGUACCAGGGCCUAAACAUCCACCAAGAAGAUGACUACCCCAUGAAUGACAAUUAUGGUGUCUACACAUAUGAUGAAGAAAUAAGCAACACUGAACCCAUCGCUGUAUUGCUUGGAUCCUUUACCUCAAACAAAGGGGCAGCAAACUCAAGAAAUGCACUUUAUGCCCUUAAGAGCCAUCCAAACAAGAUAUACGCCAAGGUCAUAAUUAAUGAAAACCACAACAUCAGCUUGAAAGUAGAUACUGGAGCAGAUGUCUGCAUAAUCACCACCACAGAUCUCCAGCACUUCCUUUUUCCGCUUUCCAUUCUUCCAUGUAGCGAUGUUUUAAGAGGAUAUGGAGGCUCUGAGAUAGAAAAUGUUGGUGCACCUAUCUUAAAGGUCUCCUUAAAGGACAAGUAG